GUCGUUGGUGACGUACACGGAGUGGGUCCCAAUGCGUAUACGGAACGCUGAAUGACAAAUGGGGCUUGUAUUAAACGCUGUAUUCCGCGUGAUUGCAGAGAGAAGGACAUGACCACGCUGGACUGACGAUUACCAACUAAUAUGGCGAGACUUAUGAGAUGGGCAAGACGAAACAAAUGUUUCUGCAUUCUUCCCCUUGCCUUCGCUGUUGUCAUGGUCACAGUUAAUUUUGGGAUAUUCGACUUAUCCGAUGUCAAUGAGCACAACAAAUCGCCGAUUGCUAAAAGUCCUGGUAUUAGCGGAUUCACGUCAUUCAAGUUGGAAAACAAGGAAAAAAAGUCGAACAAUUCUCGCUUUCACCAUGACGUAAUACAUCGGGGUGGACGAUUUCCUGACAAAGAUCAGAAAGUGGUUCUUAAUCAGUUACUGCUACUCAGAAAAAACAUAUCCGGCAAUAUCGUCAUUGAUGCAGACAUACGGGUGUUUAAAAAUGACACAACUCCAAAAUAUAUGCACUUUUUCCAAGAUUACCAGGACAAAUAUGUUAAACACGAUCCAGAAUUUAAACGUCUCGCAAAUGCCACGCGCCCUCUACGCCAAUCAAAGUCGUGUUCCGUAGUACUCAGCGAGAAAGCCCUGAUUCAUUCCCGAUGUGGUGACCAAAUUGAACUUUCACCUUUCGUGAUUAGGAGGACUUUAACAGGGCUACAGGAUGAUAAGACUAAUGACAUUGGUUUUAAAACCGACCUGGCGUUAUUGGACAGCACACUAUUACAAUCGUUAUACGAUUUCGUAUCUGAAAACCCGAGGAGAGGAGCCCGAAAGUCGUCUAACCUUAAACUUUUUUCCACCGUGCAAAAGUUAAACGGUACGAUUUUGUUGUAUCCAUGGAGACUGGAAAGGACUUCACGCGAGAGAAACAACAUUCGCUUUAUGACACUUCGGCUUCGAGAACGAUACCAAGUUCACCUCCAGAUGGCUUACUCGCCCCUGAAACCGUUCUCAGUGCGAGUGAGCGAAUAUUGGAAGAUUGCCAAUUCAACAUCGGACCUGACACUGGUGACGUUGGCCGUGCUACUCUGUGAUACAAUACACGUUUAUGGAGCGCCGAUACACGAGAAAAAAACGUCAGACGAAGGCGACAUUGUUAAGAACAUAUUGACGGGACCAGGAGCAACUUCGAUGAAGGAAGUAUUCAUGGAUCUGCAACAUGCUGGCAUAAUACACGUCCAUAAUACGUGUCACGCCUGACCCCUUAGAUUCAUCUAUGACCGACUUAGGGGGACUGAUAUGUUUACUACUUAGCUAGCCC